CAUUAAACACGUUAACAUGGCGCCUAAAUUGUACAUGGUCCCACCCAGCCCUCCAGUGAGAUCUGUCUUAAUGACAGCUAAGGCUUUAGACUUGAAUUUAGAUUUAAUACAUGUUGAUUUAAAAAAAAAGGAAAAUAUGAAACCAGAAUUUUUAAAACUUAACCCCUCACACACGGUACCAGUUUUGGAUGAUGAUGGUUUUAUAUUGGCAGACAGUCACGCUAUAAUAAUAUAUUUAAUUGAGAAAUACGGAAAAGACAGCAAUUUAUACCCAAAGGACAUCAAGAAGCGUGCCAUCGUAAACCAUAGACUUCAUUUUGAUAAUGGAACUCUUUUUUCUAGAUUGGUAGCCAUGGUAAAACCCCUUCUUUUCAACAACGAAAAAUCCAUUUCCCAAGAAAAAAUUGAUGGCGUUUUAGAGGCAUACAAAAUUUUGGAAACUUUUUUACAAAGUGCGCCGUGGAUGGCUGGUCAAAAAAUGACGGUGGCGGAUUUAGCAAUUCUUGCAUCCGUUACAAGUUUGAAUGCAGUGAUUCCCAUUAAAGAAAAGGAAUGUCCAAAACUUGUUUCUUGGAUUAAAAACAUGGAAGCAUUACCCUUCUACUCUGCUAACAAGGAAGGACUUAAUAUAUUUGCUGUCGCCAUAAAGCCAUUUUUGGGAUAAUAUUACAACCUACAAUCUAAAAUAUUACCUUUUAUAA